GUUGGUUACUGACCAAAUCUGCAGCCAUCUCCGAGGCAGUUAUGCCUACAUGCGAGAAGUUUUUCGCUCAGAUACAUCGUUUUAUCACAAUGAACCUUGAAGCGAAAAUGGAGCUGCUGGAGUGUAAUUAUAUCAAGCAGCUGACCGACCUCCUGGACGGACUCAUGCUGGACGUUGAUGAAAAAGAACUUACUCGAGCCUAUCUAGAGAAACUGAUAGUGUUUGCAGGCAUGUGGUCACUGGGUGCAGCCCUUGAGAUUGCAGACCGCCAGAAAGUGGAGGCUGUCAUGCGAGAACUGGAGGAGCUACCCUUGCCACCGUGCAGUGAAGAAGAAACUAUGUUUGAGUAUGUCGUUGGCCCCAAAGGCGUUUGGGAACAUUGGUCAACACGUGUCCCCGAGUACAUUUAUCCCAAGGAUCGCACACCGGAUUACACUCAAAUCCUUGUGCCCAACGUGGACAACACGCGAACCGACUUCCUUAUCCACGCGAUUGCGCGACAGACAAAACCCGGUACGGCGAAAACUGUGAUGGUUAAAGGCUACUGCCGAAAGUACGAUCCCGAGGAACAUAUGUUCAAGGCCGUAAACUUCUCCAGCGCCACAACGCCAAACAUGUUCCAACGCACCAUGGAGAGUUACAUUGACAAACGUGUGGGUUCUACCUAUGGCCCACCAGCCGGGAAAAAAAUGACUGUCUUCAUUGACGAUAUCAACAUGCCGCUCAUCAACGAAUGGGGCGAUCAAAUCACCAACGAAAUCACGCGGCAAAUGAUGGAGAUGUCCGGCUUCUAUAAUCUGGACAAACCGGGUGACUUUACAACCAUUGUGGACAUUCAGGUAGAUUAA